AUGCACUGUGAUUAUAGUGCUGCAUAUUGUCGAAAAGUCCAACAAUUGCCAAUAUUAAUUAAUAAGACAUCAAACUGCGCAGAAGUUGCGAUGCAUCUUGCAGUUCCUGAACUGAACAAAUGUUCAUCUACUGAAGAACCAUUAUUUGUUGAAAUUAGUCAGCAAGCAAGUACCUCAAUAACAUCUAAUUUUACCGCUGCGGCGAUUGCAUCAGCACAACCCCGACAUAAACGUUACGCUGCACAUAUACCGGUGAAUCGUGUUGAAGCAACUGAGCGUCAUUCAGCUGAUUCUAGUACUAGGUGA